UGCUUAAAUUUGGGGGUUUUUACGUCUCGUCAGGGUUCUAGAGGUUGGUAGCUACUGUGAGUGUUGAUGGAGGAUUUGCAGAGAGGAAUAUCCGAUCGAGGUUUAAGGGUCUCAAAUCUGCCAGAGAAAGGCCGUUGUUUCUUUACCACAAGGGACUUCUCUCCAGGAGAAGUGAUUGUAAGUGAAGAACCUUAUGUCUCUGUACCAAACAGAACUUCUGUUGACUUGAGAUGUGAUGGGUGUUUCAUGUCAAGUAACCUUAAAAAGUGCUCAGCUUGUCAGGCUGUUUGGUACUGUGGGAGCACAUGCCAGAGGUCAGAUUGGAAGUUGCAUCGUCUGGAGUGUCAAGCUCUCUCAAAACUUGACAAGAAUAGGCUAAAAUCUCUUACACCUUCUAUACGAUUGAUGGUGAAACUUUACUUAAGAAGGAAACUGCAAAGUGAGAAGAUUAUACCAGCUACUGCCACAGACAACUACAAUCUGGUGGAGGCUUUGGUGUCUCAUAUGUCUGAUGUUGAUGAGAAGCAAUUAGUAUUGUAUGCACAGAUGGCUAACCUUGUCAGCUUGAUACUUCAAUGGCCUGAGAUCAAUAUAAAAGAGAUUGCAGAAAAUUUUUCAAAGCUUGCAUGCAAUGCGCAUACCAUUUGUGACAGUGAACUGAGACCUCUGGGGACAGGACUGUAUCCUAUUGUUUCCAUUAUCAACCACAGCUGCUUGCCCAAUUCCGUUCUAGUAUUUGAGGGAAAGUUGGCAGUGGUUCGUGCUGUGCAACACAUACCUAAAGGUACUGAGGUAAUGAUAAGUUACAUAGAAACAGCUGGAAGCACCAUGACUCGGCAAAAGGCUCUCAAAGAACAAUACUUUUUCACUUGCAAAUGUUCCCGCUGCAUAAAAGUGGGGCAGCAUGAAGAUAUUCAAGAAAGUGCAAUUUUGGAAGGUUACGGAUGCAAAAGUAAUGGAUGCUAUGGUUUCUUGCUUCGUGAUUUGGAUGGCAGAGGAUUCAUAUGUCAACAAUGUGGACUUGUUAGGGACAAGGAAGAGAUAAAGAAAAUUGCAAGCGAAGUGAUAUCAAUGUCGGAUCAAGCUUCCAUGUCGCUCUCUUCUGGGUAUAAUAUGGAAGCCAUUAGGAUGUACAAGAUGAUUGAGAAACUUCAACAGAAGUUAUACCAUCCAUUUUCAAUCAAUCUGAUGCGGACCCAGGAAACUCUUGUAAGGAUAUUAAUGGAGGUGCAAGAUUGGAAAGAAGCCCUGGCGUAUUGCAGAUUGACCAUUCCAGUUUAUCAGAGAGUGUAUCCAGGGUUCCAUCCUUUGCUUGGAUUGCAAUAUUAUACCUCUGGGAAACUCGAAUGGUUUCUUGGGGACACAGAGGAUGCCAUCAAGUCACUGGGCAAGGCAGUGGAUAUAUUGCGAAUUACUCAUGGAACAAAUGCACCAUUCAUGAAGGACCUCCUCGUCAAGUUGGACGAAGCACGUGCUGAAGCUUCUUAUAAACUUUCAUCCAAGGAUUAGUUGCAAAAUUCACCAUUCAAAAUUAUUUUUGUAAGAUGAAUAUCUGUCGUGAAUACGUAUAAUAUCUGUCAUGUAUACGUAUAAUGCUGCUGCAGUAAGCUAUGUUGAGGAUGUAAAAAACUAGUUGGCUGGGCAGUGUAGUUAAGAUUUGGUCAUCACAGUCAUGUUCAGAGUCAUGUGCAGUCUCCUUCAGUUUACGGUACAGCUUAUCUCACAAAUCGUCGCACCUGAUACAUUUUUCAAUCAAUUACUCCACAUUCAAGAAACCCAUUUUUUUUUCCUGGAUA